UGAGACGCGUUUGAACACACACACGUUCACUUGGAUUUUUCUCGUCUGCAGAUAUUAUGGUGGCGAUAAAGCUUUUAGGUCAGAGCUUUUGCCGCUUGGCCAAAGGAAGAUCUUUUCAGAUAAAGUUCAGUAAGAAUCGUGUGUUGAAGAUGAGCUCGCGCACGUGGCAGGUAAACGAAAACGGACAGACCCAGGCGGUUUCUGAUGGUGAGCUGAAUUUGAAGCAGAGCAGAGGAAGCAGCUCCAGUUUGUCAGAGAGCUCGAGCCGGCCGAGUGGCCCUCAGGUGCCCGAUGGCCCUGCCAGCAGGGUUGUCAGCUGGGCGGUGUGUUUUGAACGGCUGCUCGAAGACCACGUUGGUGUCCGUUACUUUACAGAGUUUCUUAAAUCUGAGGUUAGCGCUGAAAAUAUCCAGUUUUACCAAGCCUGUGAGAAGUUCAAGAAGAUUCCAUCUACCAAACUGGAGGAACUAAAGAAAGAGGCACGCUCCAUCUACAACACUUUUCUUUCUGAAAGCUCACCUAAUGCGGUUAACAUCGAUGAUACAGCCCAGAUUGAGGAAAGUUCACUGGAGACGCCCACUCUUGACAUGUUCGAUAAAGCUCAGCAACAGAUCUUUAAGCUAAUGAAAAUGGACAGUUAUGCGAGAUUUGUCCGCUCGCAACUGUACCAGAGCUGCAUGGUGGCCUGUGUGGAGGGUCGUCCAUUACCCACCAUCGGACCCCCAGAACCCAAGAGCAAAGUGUCCAAAAAGAGCUCAACGCCCCCCAGUAACAGGAAGAGUGUCGAGUUAAAAGCGCUGUCGGCAGAGAGCAAAAGCAACAGGAAGAAGAGGUUAGAGAAGACCGGGUCAUGGGGAGAUUCGUCAUAUCAGCAUUCAUCUGUGUCGCGUAAAGAGUCCCAGAUCUCUGUUAAGUCUAACAGCAGCCUGGAGUUGGUCUUUGGAAAUGGCAAAGCAGAGAAUGGACGCUGCAGUGUGUCUAUAUCUGAUCCAGAGGCUUUGAGUUCUGGUUCCCCUACGGCGGAUAAGUACUGCUGUGUCUACCUGCCGGACGGUACCGCCAGCCUGGCUUCGGCCAAACCGGGUCUGACCCUUAGAGACAUGGUGAGCGGCCUAUGUGAGAAGAGAGGAUUCCCUUUGAGUGAUGUUCACCUUUAUCUUCAAGGCAAAGAUAAGCCUCUUUCUCUAGAUCAAGACAGUUCUUUGAUUGCAGAUCAACAGCUCUCUCUGGAACUCAAAGUUACUUUUGCGUUGGAGAUUGUGUUUUCUGGAAGGAGGUUGGGAAUUGUCACGAAGUCGAGUAAGAAUUUGACAGACGUGAUUUCUGCCGUCCUGCAGAAACACCAGCUGCAGCUGCAGGAUGUGCAGGUUACGCUGAGUGACUCAGGGGAACCUCUGAGCAUGAGCACCAAUGUUUACCGCCUGGCCAACAAAACUCUCUGUUUGGACCGCGUUAAAGCCGGUGUGGAGACUCAAGAUGCCUCACCAAUAUCCAGAGUUAAUUCCAAAACCAGACAAAACCAGGAAAUGGAUGGUCUUGUUGAGAUGUUGAACCGUGCCCAAUGCAGUCGGGUGGAGGACCAGCGCGGUUUACUCACGAGAGAGCAGCUCGAAUUGCCACAGUUCUUGCAGCUGCCAGCAGGAAAUGGAAAGCUGACUUCCUGUGACCAAUCACAGGAGGAAAACUGUGUCCUUUGACCGUUGUAAACUGAGAUUUGAGGACUCUGUAAGCAUAUUAUGAACAGACUGGAGUUAUAAGAUUACUGCACAGUGUGUAUAAGACAGAGUAUGUCUGUCCUUGUGCUUGUAAAUUUUCUUACCUGAGAGUGUAUGGUUGUCUGUGUACACAACACAUGGAUGCCUGAUUGAUAGCGCUUAAAAAUAUUGCCCAUUGUAAGAUGCAAAAUUAUUGUCACUUAUAAGAAAGUGUUUUUUUUUUAAUGUCAACUACAUGUAGAGAUUUACCUACCAAAAUGUAUUUAUUUUUAUAUCAGAUUUUAUUAUGUGCCAUAUCAAGUGUGCUUGUUGUAUUUGGUAUUGGAUCUUGUUAGCUUGACUUUAUAUUGAAUGUUCACCAUGAGUUGAUUAAAAAAUAUGCGUGUGGUGGUGUGGGACAUUG